AAUUUUUGACUCUAGCGUAUUGGCAACACUGACACUUGUUUUUAUUUAGUUAUAUGUUUUUAUUAAACAAUCAUAAUAAUCAUACUUUAUCGACUUAUUACUUUAUAUUUGACUAAAAAUUAUAGUUAUAUAUGUCUAAUAUUUAAUUGCAUAGAAUAUAGGUGCUUUAUUUUAGGUACGUGUAAUAUUUUAAAUAAAGUAUCAACAUGACAGUAAAUAAUACAAUUGCACAUCAACGCUUAAUAUUAAGUGGGGAUAGAGAAAGAUUUAAAGAACUAUUGAGAAGACGAUUAAUUGAAUGUGGCUGGCGAGAUCAAGUGAGAAUGCUUUGUCGUGAUGUUGUAAAGGAAAAUGAAAGCAACAAUGUUACUUUUGAUAUGUUGGUGACAAGAGUCACACCUCGUGCACGAGCCUUAGUUCCUGACACAGUAAAGAAAGAAUUGUUACAAAAAAUUAAAACACAUCUUUUAACACAAAAAGAUCAGUAGUUAAUAUUGAAGUAAAUUUUAAUUUGAAAUUUAAUUAAAUAAAAUUCAUUUUACAACCAA